GGACUGACAAUGAGGAACUUGUUUGCUAAGGGGAGGGUAGAUGCAAAAUAGGUGUGGCUGAGCAGUUUAUCUAAAACAGCAGCUGCUGCAGCAGCAAUUAUAGCAACUGGAAAAGGGUUGGUGAACAAGCAGCCAGCCCUCUAUGAUGCUCUGGAGAUGAAGGCAAGGCCCUGAUCCAAAGGUGCAUCUCUAACACUUCUUUUGGCAAGAGGGAAAGCCCGCCCCACCAGGAAUGGGUAGCCAUGAGAGAGAUCCGUCUUCUCCCAAAAGGGCACCCCCCCCAUCCCGGUCCAACAGUACCGUGUCUUCCAAACACAGCAUUGCUCGGCAGGGUUCUGAAAGCUGGGAGGUAGUGGAGGAGCUGAGGAUCCCAAGCGGGGCUGUCCAGGAGCCUGAGAGGCAAGAGGGCUAUCUGCUCAAGAAGAGGAAAUGGCCCCUGAAGGGCUGGCACAAGCGCUAUUUUGUUUUGGAAGACGGAAUCCUGAAAUAUGCCACAACACGUCAAGAUGUCAUCAAAGGGAAGCUGCAUGGCUCCAUUGACGUCCGCCUGUCAGUCAUGUCAGUUAACAAGAAGGCCCAGCGUGUGGAUUUGGACACGGAAGAGAAUAUUUAUCAUCUCAAGAUAAAAUCUCCAGAACUUUUCAAUAACUGGGUGGCCAAGUUGUGCUCACAUCGCCAAGUGGAGAAGAUGGAUGCAUCCCAACGACAGUUCCCGAUGGGAGGCCAUGGAGGGAGGGUCCCGCAUCUCGCACAGGCCUGUGGCUCACGGCACCGUGUGCUGAUGUCAGAAAGUGCCCCUGCUCUGUCUUCGCUAGCCAGUUCCCAAGACAAGGUGCAUUCUUGGCUGAGUGACAGCAAAGGUCUGGACAGGUGUUCUGCAGAACUCUCGGAAUGUCAGGGAAAGCUCCAAGAGCUCAACCAGAUGCUUCAAAGCUUGGAGUCUCUGCACCACAUUCCCUCUGCCCCGCUCAUCUCCACUAGUCAGACUUCAGCGGGCACAGAGAGACCCAGAAAGGGGAAGAGAUCCACCCGGAUCUGGUGCACUCAGAGUUUUGCAAAGGAUGACACCAUAGGCCGGCAGGUGGGACGCCUGCAUGGCUCUGUGCCCAAUCUUUCAAGGUAUUUGGAAUCCUGUCAAAAUCAGGCAAUCUUCAGCCUCCCUCCAGAAUAUAGCCAGUUGCAGAGAAGUUUCUGGAUCUUAGCCCAGAAAGUUCAUGGGUCCCUCAGCAGUGUGUUGGCCGUGCUGGCUGCAGAGCGGGACCGCCUCCAGGAGCUGCAACGAACACUGGCUCUGCAGCGUUCCUCCACACUGUCUGCACAGGGUGGCCGUGGGGGCAGCAUUAGAACUGCAGCAGUCGGGACACUGGACAAUCCAGAAUGUAUACGCCGUUUCCAUUCUCUCUCCAUCUCCUCGGACACCACUCUAGACUCUUUUGCCUCAUUCAACCCUGAUGAGCCAAACACGCUACUGGUUAAGAGUCAGGAGCAGCAGCUCUCCAAUCGCAGCAUUGUAUCUCUUUCGGACUCACACACAGAAUUCUUUGAUGCCUGCGAGGUGUUCCUGUCUGCCAGCUCAUCUGAGAAUGAGGCCACAGAUGACGAGUCCUGCAUCAGUGAGGUGGCCAACAACAUCUUGGAGGACACAGCUGACAUGGCAGGAGGGCCUGGGCGUUUCCACAAAGGCCCAGGCACUUUGCUCUGUGCUGGAGACACCUCCGAGAUGAGCCGUGGUCUGCCAGUGCCUCUUCCCUUAUACCUUCCUGGGCCGGGACCUGGGAACCCGCGACGGAACUGCCUUCCUGCCUCCCAUGUGCAUGCCAGUGACAUCAGCUUGUGGAACAUUCUUCGCAACAACAUUGGCAAGGAUCUCUCCAAGGUCUCCAUGCCGGUUCAGCUGAAUGAGCCCCUCAAUACCCUGCAACGUCUUUGUGAAGAACUGGAGUACAGUGCUCUGCUGGAUGCAGCCAACCGCACUCUGGACCCAUGUGAAAGACUGCUCUACAUGGCUGCCUUUGCCGUAUCUGCCUACGCCUCCACCUACUACCGUGCUGGCAGCAAGCCAUUCAACCCUGUUCUGGGGGAAACGUAUGAGUGUGUGCGGCCAGACAAGGGUUUUCGUUUCAUAAGUGAACAGGUAUGCCACCAUCCGCCUGUUUCCGCCUGCCACGCAGAGUCUGAUAACUUCGUUUUCUGGCAAGACAUGAAAUGGAAAAAUAAAUUCUGGGGCAAAUCCCUAGAGAUAAUCCCUGUAGGUACGGUGAAUGUCCGGCUUCCCAGGUUUGGGGACCACUAUGAAUGGAACAAGGUGACCUCCUGCAUCCAUAAUAUCUUGAGUGGCCAGCGCUGGAUUGAGCAUUAUGGCGAGGUGCUGAUUCGGAACACACGAGACAGCACCUACCACUGCAAGCUCACCUUCUGUAAAGCACGGUACUGGGGUUCCGGGGUCAACGAGGUGCAGGGCGCCAUUCUCAGCUAUAGCGGCAAGGUUAUCCACCGGCUCUUCGGGAAAUGGCACGACGGGUUGUAUCGUGGCGUGGCCCCCGUUGGCAAGUGCAUCUGGAGGCCCAACCCCAUGCCCCGGGACUUCGAGAAGAACUAUGGCUUCACUCAGUUUGCCUUGGAGCUCAAUGAGUUAACAUUGGAGCUCAAACGCCUCUUGCCAUCCACGGACACGCGAAUGAGACCUGACCAACGGUACCUAGAAGAGGGCAACGUACAGGCUGCCGAAUCCCAGAAAAGGCGGAUUGAACAGUUGCAGCGUGAUCGGCGUCGGGUGAUGGAGGACAACAACAUCCUCCAUCAGGCGCGGUUCUUUAGGCGGCAAGUGGAUGCCAACGGCAAGGAAUCCUGGAUAAGCAACAGCACUUAUUGGAAGCUGAGAGCAGAGCCUGGCUUCAGCAAUAUGGACAGCGCCGUCUUGUGGUAGCUGCUAGCAUCCACAGGAGCGACUGUGCCUUCCUGCUGUCCCUCUGAAGUGAGGGAGUAGAUAAAAAGGGUCCUCUGAUGGAUAAGCACAAGGUGACCAAGGAAUGCAAUCCUGGAAUACCAGCACUGCAAGAAACAGGGGUGGGAACACUCCUAGGUGUUAAUGCCAUGCACUUCCAAAGCAACCCUCCCAUUCACACACUGGAGAAGGCUCCCAUGGUCCAUCUUGCAUUCUCGCACUGCUGUCUGCUGGUUAGGCAGCCCUUGGUGGAAACCUGGACUGUCACACGUGCUGAUGGGAAGCACUUUAGCAUUGCCUGGGUCAAAACGCACUGGGGCAGAAACGACAAGGCAAUUAUAAUCAAAUGCCCCAAAGUAACUUGACCGUUGGAGGAGCUCUGAUCUCAAAGCCUGCCUUUUGCUCAAAUCAUUGCAGCAAAUAAAUGCUCCAGCAAAGAACAAGUGAGGGGCAACGGAGAGUGGUUGUUUGCACAGAGGAGCCUGAAUACUUGAAAAUGUUGGGCCCUUCUGGGAUGCCUGCUGGCUCCCCCUGCCCCCAUUGCUUUUCAUUGUUUUUGUUUUUGUUUUGUUUUUGUUUUGUUUUGUUUCACUUCCCUUUCAACCCUCUAUUAGCUCCAUGUUCUUGUUAUGAGGCAAGGCCUGACACUGGUUAAGUAUUCUCUCUCUAGGAGCAGAUAAUUUGGGAAGUUGUGGUGGUCCUCUGAGGGAGAUCUUCCUUUUCUCUCCUAAGAUGGCUGUGGCAAUUGGGCACCAGUUUGGGUUGGAGGUGUUCUGCCUCAGGGAUACCUAAUGAUUGGUGCCUGUGUGAUGCCUCCAUCUUAGCAAAGCCAGGAGCUUUCUCAAGGAGUACGUGGUGCCAACAGCAUUGAACUGGGGCAAUCUCUGUGUGUGUGUGUGUGUUUAUCAGUCUUGUCUUUGGUUCCUCCUCAUUCUCUCCUUGUUUGCUGGAAAUGUCUGCCACUCUCCUCUCCCUUUCCGUCAGCAUUUCAAGCAAUAAUUUAAAUGAAAGGGGGUGGGGGACAACUAGCCCCUUCCCACAACCCUUUGCAGGAAAUUGGGGAUGACCUUGACAGAAGUUUGUACCUCAGCGUUAUUCCAGGUCUAUGAGACUUUGUGAUAUACAAAACUGUUUUGUUUCUGAGUGCAGAGGCAGAUGGGCAAGGGUGGUGUGUGUGUGUGUGUGUGUGUGUGUGUGUGUGUGUACACACACAUGCAUAUAACAGGAGCAAAACAGAAGCCCAAGUGAGUUUUGAGGGAAUGGAGAGAGAAAGUUUAUCUGCCCCAUGAAAGCUAAACAAGCCAGACAUCUGAGAUUUCCCACCCACCCCCGCUCACCAAUGGGGAAAGGAAUAUCGCUAUGAGGCUUGGAUGCCCAGGUAUUUUCUAGUGGAGAGAGCGAGGAGAAAAGGAGGUUACUUCUGUCCAGAGCAGGCCUACGCAGUUUGCCACCCACAAAGCCAAAUGUAGCCCUUCAACCAUAUACUGCAGCCUGCAAGAGAGUACCAAUCCCCACUGUUUUUGGAGUCAUAGAAUCAUAGAGUUGGAGUUGGAGGGGGCCUAUUCAGAGCUGGCCUGCCAAUGAGUUGUAGUGAGGCGGCAGCCUCAGGUGGCAUAUUAAACAAUGUGGAGGUGGUAUCCUAGCUGCCACUGCUCCAUUGAACUGCUCUGCCGCCACUAAUAUCCCUGCCUUUUGCAAAUGCUAUCAGUAGAGAAUGGAGCAGCAGGAAGAGGUUGUCCACACUUCCUGUUAUUCAGUUCUCUGCCCACCCCACCGGCCACCUUUUCAAAAGGUAGGAAGAGUGGGGACACCUGCAACCAAGGAGUUGCCACCACAAGGUAAGGAGGAGGGGCAGGGGGUGAAGGGGAGCAAGGUCUGGCUGAGAAGGAGUGAAGGAAAGUGGCUGCAUUUUGUGGGGUGGGUGGAGGUGGAGGGACUGUGUGAACAGGCAUGCGCCACAAGUAUUGGAGUGGGAGUGGUAGCUUGCCAAGCUGCCUCAGGCAAGGCUUGAGCUGGUCCUGGGCUUUUUAGGCCGCCUGUUCCAACCCUCUAAGUGCAAGAAAUCCAGACCUGGAGUAUCCCCAACAGGUGACUGUUCAGCAUCUGCUUGAAGGCCUUGAGUAAGGGAAAGCCCACAUUUCCCAGGUAACUGGAUCCUUUGUUUAAUUUUCUUAUCCUCCUUUGCCAGGCAGAAAAAGUGAAGGUUUCUCAAUCCCCUGGGGCAAUUUUCACACAGGGCUUUUAGCUCCCAUCUCCUCUGGAAUGGAGAGUGUACGUUCACAUAUCAGCCAGAUUUACCCUCAAGUCCUUGUGAGCUAUCAGGGAGCACUUCACACACAAUUUGGGUUUUUCAUAGCAUGUAAAAAUCGGGUUUUUACCCAAUCUGUAUCCAGGGUAACCCCCCCCCUUUUGUGUCGUUUUUUGGGUGCAACUUCGAACUCGCAGUAAACUUGCGGUAAAGCCUGCUGUGUGGAAAAUGCUGUGUGGAAAAAACGCCCUGGUGUGCCACAUACAAGGUUAACAUGUAGCUUGGUGAGUCCCAAGAUGUGCAGGUCUGUGCUAAGUUCAGUUAAGCACCCAAUUUGUCCUUUGUUUUGGUUGUUUUAUUUUCAAAUAAUGGGUAAGGAAGUGACUAGACAAUGCUGCAUGUCUUCAAUAUUGCAAAUUUCAGGCACAGCUAUAAGACCUGCAUCAUGCAGAGCCACCAGGACCAUCUUUCAAGUUCCUUCAUCUUGCACUUCUGUUGACCUGUCCAACAUUAUAGGAACAGACAUUUACUGCCAGUUUUCCUAGCUGCUGCUUUACAAAAUCAGUAGGGAGAUGCAAAGUUAAAAAAACAGUCCUCAGAUCCUAGCUUUAAGAGCAGGGCGGCUUAGUGGUCACAUUUUUUAAGCAUCUGGACUCCUGGGUUAUUUUCUGCAGAUCAUCGGGGAGGGGAGAGGGCUUCAGUCAGGCCUUGUCACUGCCAGAACUGAAGUUAAAACAGUGUGCUACCUAAUUCCCUUAUUAGUCUUUGUAUUAACAAGCAUCUUUCUAAGUUUUUCUUUUUUUAAUUGACCUAACACUUAUGUGGGAAUGGAGAGAGGCCAUCAUUAUCUGACUGUUUAGAAAGCACUUUGCUUACCUUCCUUCCUUGGGGGAGGUAGGGUUGGAAUACUUCUUCAUAAGCCUACGUCAGUUGAUAUUUGGUCUGAGUUUGAGCUAAUGGAGAAGACCUGGGAAUGAGUUAUUUGAGGUUUCCUCACUGGGAUCCAAGACUCUCUUUGGGCUUCAGUCUCUCUGCUUUGCAAAUCUCUUGCUGAAACGGGAUAAUAGCUGUGUGGGAGGGAGAACAUCACCUUCUUUCUCAUGAUCUAAUCCUCCCUCCAGAAGAUUCUACCCCACACAUCCAAUAGGCCUCCUGUCUACCUGUUUGCCCAUCUCUCUUUGUGUGCUGAGUGUCUUAAGUGUUUGUCUCCCUGCCUUGCAAAGCAGCGAGGCCUGCUCUCAUUCUCCUUGCCCGGCUGGUCCGGUGCUGAGUUGCAGCUCUGUCUUUGUGUCUGCGUCAAUUGGCCUCUGUUCUGUCCCCGUGUCGUGGCUUGAACAUUCCACGGUGUGUCCAAUAAAAAUUUCAGUAAGU